AGCCUAAUAGCUAUUUCAAGAGAAGCGAGUGCAGGGCUCAGGAAUAUUUCGUGAUGGAUUUUGACUCGUUUCCUCAUGCCUGAAAUUAACAUUUUGGAAUAUAAAUUGAAACAAGGUUUUUUUAAAAGGUUAUCUUUUAAGUCAUUCAACUCUUUCCGGAAUUGUACGGCGUUUAGGACCUGUUUGACAUCAGAUGAUGGCGAAGGGAGUCAAUUUCGCUUUGAUGUUGAAGUGUUAGUCAGAGGAUUUAAAUUAAAAUAAGCCCACCGCAACCAUCACAAUCAGUAAUUUUAUGUCAUUUGUGUCUGUUCUGAAAAUCGUGAACAACAGUGAAACUCCUCCAGAUAACAAAUUAGAAAAGUUGAGUGAUCAAUUGUCUUGUAGCCUAUCGUUUCCUACUGUUCCCGACUUUCAUGAAAAUGUCCAAGAUUGAAAGAUUGAAUGCACGGGUUUCUAAACUGCUGACCGCAGCAGUCCACGAGGUGCUGGAGGUGGUAAAGGAUACGGUGUCGGAGUACCAAGAAAAAACCGCUCGAACUCAGAGGGAGAACGAGAGACUAAGGAAGAAACUCGAGACACUACAACAAUGGUUUGAUCGAGAAUUGUCACGGGUGUCCAGAACAUAUGCUCCACUGCAGGCUAGCCAAUCAGAGCAGUCCAAAUGCUCAUGUAAACAACUACCGUCCUCUGAGGCAUCGGGCAAGCUGGAGUCCAGAGCGACUUCUGCAGAUGAGGUGAAACAUCAUCUGGAGUUAAAGGUAGAGUCCACCGUCAGCGUUGAGCAGGUGUUUACACACUACAGUGAAGUGGCUCCUUCAUGUGUCACCGUGGUGGACACAGAAAGUGACAGCUCUGCUCACUCACAAUCUGUGAACUCGAAGGAAAUCUCAGCACAUGCUGAAAGUGUAGUGUUCCCCAAUGGACGCUCAUCACUGGCUAACUCCACCUCACCCACUCAGCAAGGGAUGCCUGCCGACGUCAAUAUCAUCAAAGCGGAGCCCGACCUUCUGGAAUAUUCCCUCUCCCGGCAACCCGUGCCUCCACACCAGCUUUACGACCACGAGGAACCCACCCCAGAUUAUGCCCCCAACGCAGCACAGAACAAUGUCCAGGAGUUAGAUCUCCUGCAGCACAGCUCUGAUACUUCAGAAGUGCCACACUACAUCCAUUCUGACACACUCAAUGCCUUUGUGGAGUCGUUCCCCCUCAAUCAGGCCCAGCAGCAGCAGCAGCAGCAGCAUCAGCAUCGGCGUUUCUCUGGCCGAGAGGAGAGCCACCGCUGCCUGCUGUGCGGCAAGACCUUCAGUCGGCUGAGUGGCCUUCGCAUCCACCAGCGCUGCCACACGGGCGAGAAGCCGUACACGUGUGGCCACUGCGGCCGGCGCUUCAGCCACGCCGGGGACCUGCACAAGCAUAAACGUGUGCAUACUGGUGAGCGGCCGUACGGGUGCCAGCAGUGUGGCAAAAAGUUCCGACAGUCCACCCACCUCAAGAAGCACCAGAGGAUCCACAGCUACCGCCACCUCAGCUUCUGAGAUCUCCUGUUUCAAAACGGACACCUUACUUUAGAUAGACAAUAGGAGUGAUUAAUGUAAAACAAUCUAGACUGGAGUAACUCAAAAUUAGGCACCUCCGAUAUGUUUAGUAUUCUAAAGAUGUCAAAUAGCUUGUUAUAGUUACCAAAAGGAUUGCUAAGGAGCCAAAAGUUAACUCACAUGGAUAGCUAUACUGUAAAAACUGUGCUCUUAUUAUACAACUAAACACGGCAAAAUACCUUUAUAACCCUUGAGCCAGCUGUGAUCUCAAUGGCAAUGCAGCAUUUGUAUGCACCUCCAACUGCAUAGCGUACCUGGUUACUGCCCAAAAAUGUUUGAAAAAAAGAAUAAACUGUUUACCUUUGGUGUGAAAAA